CAACCAACCAUUCCUUGCAUCCAUAUCUCACUUUGCCUUCACCUUCUUCCACACUUCUGACGCCACCGUCGGAACCACCGUACCUCCAAAACUCCGGGCAUGGAUCUCCUUCUUUUCACUUUUUUGAGUAGCUAGUAACAAAAAUCAUCAGUACCAAUUUUGUGUUCAGAAAUCAAUGGCCAACAUUCCUUCUUCUCUUUCUGAGAUUUGCCUCACUCAGUUUCGUCUUAUCAUGUCCAUUGCAGAUCCAUGGCCUUUCUCUUAAGCUCUCAAGAAAAUACUCUCUCUCUCUCCCCGUUCAUCAUUCUCCGUCAAACCAAAGUUAUCUACUGUACUGUUUAUUAAUUUCUUCUUGAAGACUCUCAGAAAGAACGAGGCUGUUCAAAAAAAUACAUAUGAGGAAGAUUAGGGGAUUCAAGCUUGGCCGACGCCUGAUCCGAAUCUCCAGAUGGAUCUUCCGGAGACCCCGAUUCGGAGGAUAUCGGAGGUUGGGUUUGCAUGAUUCGCCGGCGACGAAGACCGUAGAGAAGAUUAUCAGCUGGGGGCGCAAGCUGACGAGAGGAGCCAUAUCCCUCUGCAACGUUAAGCCGGGGUCGGGAUAUAUUCAGGUGGGAUCCGACCCGGUACAGGACAAGCCUCCCGCAGUGCCGAAGGGUCACUUGGCGGUGUACGUCGGUCAGAAGGACGGUGAGUUUCACCGCGAGCUGGUGCCUGUGCUAUACUUCAACCACCCCUUGUUCGGAGAGUUGCUGAGAGAGGCGGAGGAGGAAUACGGGUACAACCAUCCCGGCGGAAUCACGAUUCCGUGUCCAUUCACCGAGUUUGAACGAGUCAAGACCCGAAUAGCAUCCAGGUCCGCUAGAGCCGGCCGGAGAUUAGCGUGGAGAUGAUUCCACUGAAGGAACCUGCAGCGACGAACAAACACGAAGGCUCGUGUCUUAAAUUUCAUGUUACGAAAAGAGAAAUCGACUGUAGAAGAGAAAUCGAGAUUAAGUGAUUAAUUUUAGUCUCAAUGGCUCUCCAUGUUUUGUGCAAAAAAAAAAGGACUCUCGACGUUGUUAUUUUCCAUUGCGUCAAUAGAAGAUUCAUUUUUUUCA